AUGAAGAUCACCUUGGCAGCCUCUCCAGUCAUUUUAGCUCUCAGUCUUGUGACGACUGUGGUGAGCACAGAAGCGGCAAAAGAAGCUAGUCUCUCGCAUCACAAGUCCAACCCGGUGGCGGCCAAUGACUACAUCCACGUAGACAAGCUUCGACUGCGUGAUUCGUCCAAUCGCACCUAUUACCUGACCGGGAUGAACUACUGGGCUUGCAUGAACCUCGCUGCCGAUUCGGACGCAGGAGGUGUGCACAAGCGAUUCAUCGCCGAGCUGGACCAGAUGGCUUCCGCGGGCAUCAACCACCUCCGCAUCAUGGCCGGUUCGGAAGGAGCUCCCACCAAGCAGCCCUUCCGCAUGAAUCCGCCGCUGCAGCCCUCGCCUGGGGUGUACAAUGAAAAGAUCUUUGUCGGAUUGGACAGGUGUCUGGCCGAGAUGGCAAAGCGUGGCAUGAGGGCGACCAUGACGCUCAACGACCAGUGGCAGUGGUCUGGUGGCUUUGCUCAGUAUGUCAGCUGGGCGAACGGUGAAGAAAAGUAUGCUUAUCCUCCGUCGUGGAACUUUACCGCUCCUCCGCAGCGCGAGGGAGCGCCAGGAAGGGGUUGGGGCAAUUACACUACUACUGGCAGCUUUGAUGAAUACGCUGCCUAUGGAAACCGCAUCUAUACCGAUCCGAAUGCAGAGCGUAUGUUCAAGGCGCAUAUUCGUAAAGUGCUCAAUCGACGCAACACGGUCAACGGCCGGUUGUACAAGGAAGAUGCUACCAUCAUGACAUGGCAGCUUGCCAAUGAGCCUCAGCCUGCUAACCAGAAGAACUUGCUGGGUCCGUACAAACUCGAGUACGCUCCCAACCCAAUCGAUCCUCUUUUGGCCUGGAUCGACCGUGUUUCAACUUAUAUCCGUUUGCACGCACCGCGUCAACUCAUCUCGACCGGCUUUGAGGGAAAGCAGGGUGAGUGGUACUGGAAAGCGGUUCAUCAGCCCAAGAACGUCGACUACGGUACAAUUCACGUCUGGGUGCAGAACUGGGGCAUAUACGACAUGCUUGACUCGUCGCGGGCCAAUCUGGACCAGGCGAAAGCAUUUGCGACCGAAAUCAUGGGCAAUGCCUCGAGGUGGGCCGGCGAGAUUGGCAAGCCCGUGUUUCUCGAGGAGUUUGGCAUGGCACGCGACAACUGGCAGAACAACGUCACCGCUGGAGAAUACGAAUAUGCCUCGAAAGCGACGACGAGGAACAAGGACGAGUACUUAGCGCACAUCAUUGGUCUCGCUGUCAAGAGCUUCAAGAGCAAGAAGGGCGGCUUUAUCGGUACAGCUCCCUGGGCUUAUGGCGGAGUGUACAGACCCGAGACGCAAAAGGUCAACGAAUUUGGUAUGUGGUGGGCUGGAGAUCCACCGCACGAGGCUCCCGGCUGGUACGACGUGUACGAGACCGACUAUGCCAUGCAGAUUGUGAAGCAGCAGAAGGAGUCUAUUGGCAAAUUUAUCGCUGGGGUAAGGAGCAAGAGUUGA